AUGGCGUCUUUUGACCAGGCCCCUGACGAACUCAUCGUCCAAAUCCUCUAUCUCAUACCCUCCACCGACCUCAUCGCCUCCGUGCAACGCCUCUCUCGCCGCUUCUAUCAUCUCUGCCAAGAGCCGAAGCUCUGGCUCGCACGAUGCCGCUCGGACUUUGGGCACUGGGCCGGACCGUCCCGUGCCCGUCUGGCCCGCGCAGGGCGAGCCAAUCGCGGACCUUGGAAGCAGAUGUGGCUGGAUCGCCGGCGUGGGGAUGCCAGCACAGCUCGGCACUUUGAGCAUGUAUUGGCGUCCAAGGUGAACCGCGUGCGCCACCUCGAGGCCAUCUGCCGGCGCGGCCUCAACGCCAAGGACUUUUUGCUGCAGCAGUACCACCUGGCCGACGAUGCGGCCGACGACGUCCUUGCUCGACGGUACUACGCCAACACGGCACUUGCCAGUAUCCAUCGGGGGCUGGCCAUUGAGGAGUGGUGCAAGGUGCUGUGCGAGUCUAACGGGUUCCACCGGCUGGACCGUGCCCUGGGCGCCUUCGACAUGUUUGUGUUGCACGACGCCGACGAGGACAUGGACCGCAUCGAGGAGCUGCUUGACCAGCUGGCCGACGAGUUCCGCCGCGACCACCGGCACCCGAGCGUCGACAGCAUGACAGUGCGCGAAAAGGCACAUGCGCUUGUGCGCUGGAUCCGCAUGCGCAACCUGGCCGGCAUGGCCGAUCCCAGUCUCAACUACCGCAACAUGCGCAACUGCCUGAUCGGCCAGGCGCUGACCGACCCGGAGCACCCGUCGCUGCCCAUUAUCUCGAGCGCCAUCUUUGCCAGCAUCGGCGAGCGCAUUGGCCUGCGUGCCUUUUGCUGCGCCGUGCCUGGCCACGUCCAUGCCACCGUCUUGGGCAACCCUGGCGAAUCGGUCGACGGCACGCCGUUGGCUUCCGAUCCACAGCAGCCACAACGACCAGGGCCUCCCACCGUCUCCCGUGUGACGCUUCGGGAACGAACAAUGGUGGAAGACGGGACGGAAGAAGACGGGAUGGGCGGCGAUGGUCCUGGGCAAGGCGAGCGUGAAGGGUACAACGGAUCGUCGUCCUCAUCCACCCCGUCUUAUGCAGUGUCGCCCAUUGCGAUUGCUGCCGCAGCCACGCCCCAAGUGCCCACCAUGACUUACCAGAUGCUGCAGCUGUGGCCAAUGGCGCCUAACGAUCCGCGUCCGUUCACAGAGGUGGUUCGGAAUCCGGCAUCGUUGCCGGAUAACGGGGAGCGCAUGUUUCUCGAUCCAUACAACAACGACCAGGAAAUGUCACUAGGGUCUUUGCGGCAGAGCAUUGCCGAGGUCGACUGGGGCAUCGUCGAAAACCGUGAUGUGCACUUGUUGCCAAUGCCGACAUCGGCAAUCGUGUUGCGCGUGGCGCUCAACAUGGAGGCCAGCUGGUCGCACGCAAACCAAGUGUCCAAUGUGCCCCAACUGAGCGCCGACGCACGUCGACUCCGUCGUGGUGACCCCGAUAUGAACCUUGAGUCCUUGCUGUACGCGACCAUCUGGGCCACGGCGCUGAUGCGACCACUUGACAGCCCCGGCUGGGACCGCUACCUCGACAGCUUGCUGGCGCGCUUUGCUCACUUCUACAGCGAGGAUGUCUGGAUCAUUGCCAAGUUCUUGCUGCCGCUCUACGACCGGUACGUGGAAUUGUCCGGCGGCAUCGGUACCGUCGGCGGUCUUCUCUCUCGUCUCGCGGCGGGCCGAUUUGGUGAUGACAAUAACAACAACGGUGGCAACGCAGAUGACAAUCUUCCACCACCACGGCAUCAAAACGGGCCGCCACCGGCCGUCAACAACCACGCCAAUGGCCAGCAGGAGCAGCAGCAGCAGCGCCUGCGUGGGUGGACGGACCCGCGUGUCAUGAUAAAGAUGGUCUACAACCUCGACCAGCGCCAGCCGCUCGUCAGCCGCCGCUACACGCAGGACAUUUGCGAAAAGGUGCUUUUCCGCAUCGGCCAGGUCUUCCGCCACCGCCGUUUUGGCUACAUUGGCAUUAUAAACGGCUGGUCACCCGACGACCCAACCUCCCUGCCGUCGCCCAACAACAUGUCCAUGGCCGAGACGACCACACCCAGCGACGCAGAAGACAGCGGUGGCAGUGGACGCGGUACGCCCGUGCCGUUUCCAAACGGUGGUGGACCACUCGCUGACACGGCUGCUGCUACCGCAGCAGCGCCGAGGCGGCGUAAAAAGUCAGCGUUCUACACGUGCCUGCGGACAGGCGUCGAGCGGCAAGUGGUGGCGCAGCGCAACAUUGAGAUUGUCACGGACCCGGACCUGGUUCCGGAGGCGCUCAUGUUUUUGGCAGGCAAGCACUUUAAGCGCUUCGACAGGAGCACUUGCACGUUCGUAUCCAACCUAAGGGAGUUUUACCCUGACGACUGA